AUGCCUCCACGAAGCAAGCGUCCGAGACAUUCUGGCCCUUCUGCCUCUACAGUAAACAGCAUGGCAACCAGUACCGCUAGCACGUCGAGCAGCUUGUCAAAUACUACCUCUAAUCAACAAGACGGCAUGAUGCAAGUACAUGUUACAGCGCUGUCCAGUGCCCUUUCUCUGGCUGUCCAAAAGGCCGUCCAGGACGUGCUACGACCACAACCGUCAGUAACACCGUCAACUAACGCAGCAUCAACGUCGACCGUGGUGUCCGCCCACGUGCCUACUACAGCCUUGAUAGUCAAGGAUUCUCUUGUGCAAGCGAUGCAAGCUAUUGCGGGGACUUCUGUUGGUAAUAUUGUAUCACCUAACGUGCAGAGUAUGCCAACCACACCCCUUUUUUCAAGCGUCGCCAUCCCCCUUGGAAGUGCAGUUAGCGACAAAAUAAAAUCCAAAAUUUGGGCUAACGAAUUUGUACACCUUGGAGCACUGCUUCAAACCGCGGUUCCACAAGAGCGUUUUGCUCUUGGGCUUUCGGCUACAGGCAAUGGCAAUAAGCCGCAGAUUACAUUAGAGCCAGCUAGCGCCCCACGUAAAUUGAAUAGUAUUCAGCAGUGGGUCACGGCGUUCCACACGUUUAUGGCCAUUUAUUGCCAGAAGUUCGCGGGGGACACGGCCGCUUUGCUAAAAUAUUGUGA